AUGAGCGCGAUUGGUCCAUAUGCUUAUGAUCACAAAAUAGGCCGAGAAGUGCUUAAGCAUGGUAAUGGUACUUUAAAAUACGCGAAUUACCAUAUAUUCACAUAUAACCAAAAUCAUUCGUGUGAUCACUGUUCUUUAGAUCACAGAGUUUGGAUACCGAAUAUAGUUUUUCAGAAAUUUGUGGAAGCCGCAUCGAAUCCAAGUAUGAAAGCAGCUCAAGCUGCACUAACUUCGCAAACACCAUUUCUUGAAGUAUCAGUUCGUGAUAUGUUAUUCAAAGGAUAUAAGGAUCCAUUCCUUGAUAAGGUAUGUGCGAUUCCGUUCAUGAAUUUCAUAUGUGAAGCUGUACUCGAUCUCCCCGACCGAAUCGCCUUCCUCGGCCAUAUCAACAAUACCAAAUCAAAUGCAUUUGAAAUUUCCACCGGUGAAAAUGACGAUGGUGAAAGUUUGGGUCAAAUUCAAACGUGGAAUGACGAAAGUUCUGUGCCAGAGGCGUGGUGGUCAGGCGAAUUCGCUACGAUGUUGAAUGGUUCAGAUGGGAGCUUGUUUAAACCGUUCAUUGAUAAAUCCAGCAAACUGUACAUAUUCGUACCAGAUUUGUGCAGGUCGAUUCAUUUCACAUUCGAUAAGGAAGUGAUUUAUAAGGGUAUAAAUGCAUACAGAUUUACGGUGCCUCCGAAAUUAUUCGACUGGAAUGAGCCAAAUAACGAAGCGUUCUGUUACAAUUCAGGCAAAGAGUUUUUCAAGGAAAAUGAGGAAUGUUUACCGAAGGGAUUGAUUGAUAUCAGCAGAUGUCGGAAAGGAGAACCACCUAUAGUGAUAUCUUUGCCAAAUUUUUUAUUCGCAGAUGAUCAAGUGAAGGAAUCUGUAAUCGGCUUGAAUGCCUCUUCAGUAGAUCACGAUGAUAUCGAGAUGAUAUUGGAACCGGCUUGUUUCAUCUAA